CCACCAUGGCACCCCUCUUUUCUCUCCUCCUCUUCGCCCUCCUCCUCGGCACGGCCCGGGCCGAGGACCCCUACCACUUCCACACAUGGGACGUGAAAUACGCCACCCUCUCCCCCUUAGGCACCCCUCAAAAGAUCAUCACCAUCAACGACCUGUUCCCCGGCCCCCGCCUCAACGGCACCUCCAACAACAACAUCGUCGUCAACGUCUUCAACCACCUCGACGAGCCCCUCCUCUUCACCUGGAACGGCAUCCAGCAGCGUAAAAACUCGUGGCAGGAGGGCUUGCCCGGCACCAACUGCCCCAUCCCUCCCGGCACCAACGUCACCUACAAAUUCCAAGUCAAGGACCAGAUCGGCAGCUACUACUACUACCCUUCCACCUCCCUCCACCGCGCCGCCGGCGGCUACGGCCCCAUCACCGUCCACAGCCGCGAGCUCAUCCCCGUCCCCUACGCCUUCCCCGAGGCCGAGCACACCGUCCUCGUGGGCGACUGGUACACCAAGCCCCUCCCCGACCUCACCAAGCUCCUCGAAUCCGGCCGCAGCCUCGGCCGCCCCGAGGGCGUCCUCAUCAACGGAAAAGGCGGGAAAAUUGAACCAAACCCUAACCCUAAGGAGGAGCCGAUGUUCACAAUGCUCCCUGGCAAGACCUAUCGAUACAGAUUCUGCAACGUCGGGAUGAAGAAUUCAAUCAAUGUCCGAUUCCAGAAGCAUUCCAUGAAAUUGGUGGAGGUUGAAGGAUCUCACACGGUGCAGAACAUGUACGAUUCGUUGGACGUUCAUCUCGGCCAAUGCUACGCCGUUUUGAUCACCGCCGAUCAGGAGCCGGGGGACUACUACCUGGUCGCGUCGACGCGGUUCACCAAGGAGGCGGUGUCGUCGAGGGCGCUGUUGCGGUACUCCGGCGGGAAAUCUCCGGCGCCGGCGGAGAUUCCGGCGGCGCCGGUGGGGUGGGCGUGGUCGCUGAACCAGUUCCGGUCGCAGCGGUGGAAUCUGACGGCGAGCGCGGCGCGGCCGAAUCCGCAGGGCUCGUACCACUACGGGAAGAUCAACAUCACGAGGACGAUUAAGAUCGUGAACUCCGCGGGGGCUGUGGACGGGAAGCUGAGGUACGCGAUCAACGGGGUGUCGCAUGUGAAUCCCGAGACGCCGCUGAAGCUGGCGGAGUACUUCGGAGUGGCGGAUAAGGUGUUUAAGUACAAUCUGAUCAAGGACGAUCCUGGCGAGGUCGGCGAGACGAUGACCAUGGCGCCGGACGUUGUGAAUGCGACGUUUCGCGAUUUUAUUGAGAUUAUUUUUGAGAAUCAGGAGAAGAGCGUGCAGACGUGGCAUUUAGCCGGCUAUUCGUUCUUCUCCGUCGCGAUAGAGCCGGGUACAUGGACACCGGCGAAGAGGAGCAACUACAAUCUUCUGGACGCGGUGAGCAGGAACACCAUCCAAGUGUACCCGGGAUGCUGGGCGGCGGUCAUGCUGACCAUGGACAACGCAGGGAUGUGGAAUUUGAGGGCGGGCUCGACGGAGAGGGCUUAUUUAGGCCAGCAGCUAUACUUCAGCGUGCUCUCGCCGGAGCUCUCGCUCCGCGACGAGUACAAUCUCCCCGACGAUCAGCUUCUCUGUGGAAUCGUUAAGGACAUGCCAAGGACUAAAUUGUAUACCAUUUGAUCAUUUUUUUUUCUUUAAUGCAUGGAGAGCAUGUGGUGAUAUGAUAUGAUUUGUAUGUAGACAGACCUAUACUGUAUUCAGGUUUUGGAUAUAUAUAGAAUAAAGAUAGAGGUAUU